UGCUAUGAUGUUCCUGCUGGCAGAGCUUCAUUCGUGUAGACUGACCAGAGUCCACGAACACAGCCUGCCUUCAGCUCUCUUACACCAAAGGGAAAGACACACUCCCUACCAUUCUGUCACUGGCACAGGAGUCAUACCAUCAGUACAAUAAGGCAUUCCAGUUCUCUUGCACAUUCCAGCCUCUCCUCGUUGAGACAUGUCCCUCUACAACUUUGGGUUGGAGCCCCUGUCCUGUCAUGCCUGGAACAAAGACAGAACGCAAAUUGCUGUCAGUCCCAACAGCAAUGUGGUACACAUUUACCAGAAGAAGGGUAAGGAGUGGACCAAGAUCCAUGAGCUGACUGAACACAGUGGGCGUAUCACAGGUAUUGACUGGGCUCCGGAGUCCAACCGCAUUGUGACAUGUGCUUCGGACAGGAACGCCUAUGUGUGGUCCCUGAAAGAUGGGGCCUGGAAGCCCACUCUGGUGCUGGUCCGAAUCAACCGGGCGGCCACAUGCGUCAAGUGGUCUCCCCUGGAGAACAAGUUUGCCCUAGGGAGCGGGGCCAAGCUUAUCUCUGUUUGUUACUUUGAAAAAGAGAAUGACUGGUGGCUCAGCAAGCACAUUAAGAAACCCAUUAGUUCCACGGUCCUCAGUAUUGACUGGCAUCCCAACAACAUCUUGCUGGCUGCAGGCUCAGCUGACCUCCACUGCAGGGUGUUCUCAGCCUACAUCAAAGACAUUGAGGACAAGCCUGGACCCACCCCGUGGGGCGCGAAGAUGCCCUUUGGGGAGGUGCUGUUGCAGCAUAAGGACUGUGGAGGCUGGGUGCACAGCGUCUGCUUCUCCCCCUCAGGAGACAGCCUGGCCUGGGUUAGCCACAACAGCAGCAUUAGCGUGGCCGAUGCCCCACAAGGAAAAGAGGUCACACACUUGACUACUGAUCACCUACCUCUGCUGAGUGUUCUGUAUGUGAAUGAGACUGAGAUUGUGGCCGCGGGUCAUGACUGUUGCCCUUACCAGUUCUCCUACAAGGGACCAGGGGCGCUGGAGUUUGUAAAGAAGCUGGACAUCCCAAAGCAGACCUCCAAGAGCAGCGUGUCAGCCAUGCAGCACUUCCGCAACCUGGACAAGAGAGCAACGACUGAGGAGGAUGACAGCGAACUGGGAACCUUGCACCAGAACAGUAUCACGCAGCUUCGUAUUGUUGAGGGAGAGAAGUCUAAAGUGAAUAAAUUGAGUAGUGUUGGCCUGGAUGGAGCCAUGGUACUCUGGACUUUCAAGCACUGAAUGAAUGAACUCUGCAUUGGUGAUGAUGUCAUUUCACUGCUCCAAGUCUCCCUCUUUUCUGUGUUGAGCAACCCAAGAAAUUGCUUAAAAUGAGGGAACUGCUUAUAUUGGUGUUAGUUAGAUGUCAUUCAUUUUUGUACCUUUUUUCAUAAAUGCAGACUGUUAUAAACAAUAAACUGGCUACACACCA